CAGGGUACCGCGGGGCUGGAAAGGAGCCGAGCGGGGGACAAUCCCACCGUUGACCUCUGACCUCUGGAGAAGCCGCUCCAGGUGAGGAAGAAGCCAUCCCCGCCCCGCAGCCUUCAGGGAGUUUCGGGGGCCCGGAAAUCUCCACCGCUGCCCUCGUCCAUCCCCGCCGGCGGCGGGGCCCGAUGCAAACGGACGGCUAAGCGAGCCUUGGGGUCCGGGGAGGGGGAGCCGGGGCCGCCGCGUGCCUCCGGAGACCCCCGGCCUUCCGCGCCAUGGCCACCAAAGUGCCCAUCUACCUGAAGCGCGGCAGCGGCAAGGGGAAGAAGGAGAAGCUGCGGGACCUGCUGUCGUCGGACAUGAUCAGCCCGCCCCUGGGCGACUUCCGCCACACCAUCCACAUCGGCAGCGGCGGCGAGGGCGACGUCUUUGGGGACAUCUCCUUCCUGCAGGGCCAGUUCCACCUGCUGCCCGGGGCGCCGGGGCCCCAGGAGGGGUCGUCGGACGCCCCCUUCGCCCUCCCCUUCCGCUUCUCCCGGACGGCCACGGUCGGGGGCCGCCCGCCGGGGGGGCCGUCGCCCCUGCUGAAGAAUGCCAUCUCCCUGCCGGCCAUGGGCGGGCCCCAGGCGCUCACGCUGCCCACCGCCCGGGCCCCGCCCAAGCCCCCGCGGCUGCACCUGGAGGCGCCCCUGCCCCCCGAGUCCCCCGAGGGGGCCGGGGGCCGGAGGACCGGGCCGGCCCGCAACGGCCUGGGCCUCGAGGGCCACCCCGAGGAGCCCUUCCUGCCUCACGCCAGCUCCCUCCUCUCCCUAGACGUGGACCUGGGGCCCUCCAUCCUGGACGACGUCCUGCAGAUCAUGGACAGGCAGCAGGAGCUGGGCGGGACGGGGGUCCCCACGUAAACCCCUCCGUCCUCCCCCCCGCGCCUGGGGGUGACGACCGGGACGCCGGCCAACGGGGCGUAGGUUGGAAGGAGCUGG